GUCCAUGAUCUUUUCACUUUUCAGAGAAGUGGUAUAGAUUUGAUGUGAUGGUACAAAAAGAAGGAUGCAUUCAUCAUUAUCUGCACACCCCAACCCCAAAGUUCUUCCCCACUUUUUUUCUUUAAGAGGACACAGGAAUCUUUUUCUUUCUUCUUCUUCUUCUUCAUGCCACCCUCCCAUCUGACCAGAAGAAUUAUCUUCUCUACAUCCUAAGAUUUAGUUGGAGAGGAGCACAUACUCCUCUCUCACUCUCUCUCUCUCUCUUUCUCUCUCUUUGUUUCCUCUCAAUGUUAAUGGCACUACAGAUCUAUUUCAGAAAGAAGAUGACUUGGUUGUAUUCUCCACUUGGAUUGUGAGUUGAGCCUCUUGACUGUAAACUAUGAUGAUGAACUGAUAUCUGCAGUUGUUGCUUCGAGUUAUUGUGAGAUUUCUUAUCGUUCUGGCAGAUUAGAAGAGCGAAAGAUGUGAUCUUUUGUUCUGUCUUGUAUUGCUUGAUGAAAGCUGAGGAUCUGUUUUCUUUCUGUUUCUCCAUGUCCCACUGAUUUUGCUUGAUUUCCCUGUGAAAUCUUUGCACUUAGAAUGAUUCUUCUCAGUUAGGCCUCUGAAAUCGGGUUCUUGAUCCAUCUACCUGCCAUGAACUUGACGUGAUCUAUGUUUUCUCAGUCUUUAAGCCCAAUGCCGGAAUCUUACUUUCCCCUCCGGUGGGAAAGCACCGGAGACCAGUGGUGGUAUGCCUCCCCUAUCGACUGGGCAGCUGCCAAUGGUCACUACGACCUCGUGCGGGAGCUGCUUCACCUUGACUCCAACCUCCUCAUAAAGCUCACAUCCCUUCGUCGGAUCCGUCGGCUUGAAACGGUCUGGGACGAUGAUGCCCGGUUCGCCGAUGUUGCCAAAUGCCGGUCCCUUGUUGCGCGGAGCCUCCUUCAUGAGUGUGAGACAAAGAACAGGAAGAAUUCUCUGAUCCGUGCUGGCUACGGUGGAUGGCUUCUCUACACUGCAGCCUCUGCAGGGGACAUUGGCUUUGUGCAAGAGCUGCUUGAUAGAGAUCCACUGUUAGUCUUUGGUGAAGGCGAAUACGGUGUCACCGACAUAUUCUACGCCGCAGCGAGGAGCAAGAACUCGGAGGUUUUUAGGCUUCUGUUUGAUUUUGCUGUGUCGCCAAGGUGUUCGAUGGGCGGUCGAGGAGAGGUGGUGGAGGGGUCAGAUGGAAGUUCUGUUUUUAGGUGGGAGAUGGUGAAUAGGGCCGUUCAUGCCGCUGCUAGAGGAGGGAACACGGUGUUCCUGAAGGAACUUCUUGAAGACUGCUCGGAUGUCUUGGCUUACAGAGACAUUCAGGGAUCGACCGUCUUGCAUACUGCUUCUGGUAGAGGGCAGCUUGAGGUAGUUAAGGAUCUACUUCUAUCUUUCGAUAUUAUUGACUCUAGAGAUAAUCAAGGGAAUACAUCACUGCAUGUGGCAGCCUUUCGAGGACACUUAACCGUUGUAGAGGCCUUGAUAAUGGCUUCUCCCUCGUCCUGCAGUUUGAUAAACGAACCUGGAGAUACUUUCCUUCAUAUGGCAGUGGCAGGUUUCAGGACUCCUGGCUUUCGGAGACUUGAUAGGCAAAUGGAGCUGAUGAAACAGUUGAUUAGUGGAACCAUAGUGAAUGUUGAAGACAUCAUCAAUGUCCGAAAUAAUGACGGAAGAACCGUCCUCCAUAUGGCAGUGAUUGGCAAUGUGCAUACUGAUCUUGUCGAACUUUUGAUGACCGUUCAAUCUAUUGACCUUAACAUUCGAGAUGCUGAUGGAAUGACACCUCUGGACAUACUCAGACAACACCCACGAUCGGCAUCAUCUGAGAUACUGAUCAAACAAAUAAUUUCUGCUGGAGGAAUUGCAAACUCAAAGGACUACAAGGCAAGGUAUGUCCUUGCUUCCCACCUCAAAAUGCAAGGUACUGGAAAUAGCCCAGGCACUUCCUUCAGGAUUGCGGAUGCCGAGAUAUUCUUGUACACGGGCAUCGAAGCAUCAGAGGUCAGUGGGAGGCCUAGCUCAUGCUCGAGUACCAGCAAGAGCGAAGUCAGCCACCCCAGUGCCACGGACGAAAACCAUGGGUCUUCAGAUAGAAAGAAACAAAGUUCUGUCAGCAAUGCGGCAAGACGUCUCAAGAUUCUACUCAGGUGGCCCCGUCGGAAAGAGAAGACAACUGAGACACCAAAAAGGGUUGGUGAUGACGACUCAUUUGACUCGUUCAAGAAAUUGGUCAACCAAGAAGACACUCCAACUCCCCUCCGACAACGAUUCUCUAAGGCUACAUCACUUCUGAACAACAAGCGGACUCUUUCUGUGAGAAGCACCAUCCCAAGUCCUUCAACAAAGAAGAAAUUUACCGCAGGUCUGAUGCACGGGGUGUUUCAAUCCAUGCCGCAUCUGGCUCCCUCGGCACGCACUCCCUCUAGUUUGUUCUCAAAGUCAUCAAAACCAUCAUCCACAAUGGAGAAACAAAAAGGCAUCCUUUUGGAGAAUGAAAACGAUGGUGCCUCUUGUUCCAGUUCCUCGAUUAAUUGCGGCGCGACAGAAAACAUGACCCCAAGAUCUAGUCUUGUAAGUAUUAGACUGAUGAAUCAGUACUUCUGCUUUGGGGCACAGAACCUGGCAGCGGAUGAUUCAGGCAGCGAAAAGCAAUCUAAUCAAGCAUCCAAGUGCUCGUUGGUAUCAGUGGCUUGAGACGGUUUAGUAGGAAACUCGAGAAACCGAUGUUUUCGGUACAGUCAAAUCUCUUGGCUGGCCCGUGCAAGUUGUCUAAUUUCCACCAGGCGUGCUAGUUUGUCCUAGUCUUUGCAUCCUUGUGAUAUUGUCGUUGGCACUGAUGACAUAUUUCGAGUUGAUAUAGCUAUCAGAUGCUUUUCUAACGAAACUAAGGAAAAUAAAUAUAACUAGUAAUGAUGGUUUUUAGUUCA